UUUAAGUUUUACCGAAGAAAAUGCAUGAGUUAUCAAAGUGGAGCUUAUUUUUUCAUUCCAUUCUAACACUUCUUAUAUUUAAACCGGAUCAUUUAAGCGCCAUUCAUGUAUCGAUUCAACAAGAUAAUGCAUUAAUAAUGCAGUGUCCUAGGAAGACGACCAUUAACAUAACAGCAAUCUAUGUUGAAAACCGACAAAUUAAUUGUUAUUGCAAUGGACAUGGUCAAUGUAAUCUUACUUUAGAAGAAUCAGAAUAUAUAAGAGACACCUGCAAUGGAAAUGUAUCAUGUGGAAUUGAUAUGCAAACUAUGAGUAUUCAUGACUGUUUGUUGGAACAUGGAUUUUACAACUUUUCUAACAGUUGUAAACCAGAAGUUUUGGAAUGCAAAUUGACCAAGAGAGGAAGCGAAUAUAGAGGAAUUAUAAAUACAACUAGAUCAAAUAUUUCUUGUCAACGAUGGGACUCACAAACACCUCAUGAACACACGUCCAAUAUAUUGAUAAAGGACGAGGCGAAUUUCUGUCGUAACCCGGACAAUGAACCAGAGGGUCCUUGGUGUUAUACUUCUGAUCAAAACCUACGAUGGGAAUAUUGUAAUGUUCCUUUCUGUGAUGGUGCUCAAUACAUAGUUUUAGAAUGCAAAUUAACGACAAAAGGAGCUGAAUAUAACGGGGUUAUAAAUAAAACACGGGAUAACAUUGCUUGUCAGCGCUGGGAUUCAGACAAACCUCAUGACCAUAGUCAUACUAAAUCAAUGAAGAAAGAAGAAAACUUCUGUCGUAAUCCUGAUAAUUCACGUCAUGGGCCUUGGUGUUAUACAACUAAUUCAACUAUACGAUGGGAAUACUGUAAUGUUUCCUUGUGUGAUUUUCCACAUUACGUUCAGACGUGUAUAGAUGUAGGAAAUACAAUGCAGUUGGAAAAAUGUCCUACGGUCUCUCGUAUCUCUGACGACUUUCAAAUCUAUUUUGAUAGACAAUUAUCCGAUGAGUGUUCCGGUAAUUAUUCUUCAGCCCAGGCGAUUGUUAUUGAUUUGUGCAAUAAGACAAAAAAUCGAGAUAUAUGCAGUGAAUCAAUUUCACGUCUAUUACAAGAUCGGGGGAAAUGUUUUGAGAUGAAUACGUUCAAAGUCAAAUACUUCUGUCAAAAUAACCUAAAAGAAACAUCAACGGAAGUAACUGAAACAUCGAAGGAAUCAGUGCUUGUAAUUGGUAUUGGAGUUGCAGUUGGCUUGUUAUCAUUCACAGUUGUCUCGAUUCUACUAAUUAUUUUCAUAAGGAGAUCAUUUGGUAACAGAAAAGACAUUGGACUGUCAAAUGACAACAAUCAAAGACAAACACAUAUACUAAAUGAAGUAUCACCGAAGAAAAUCACUACUGUAAAGAAAGACAGACCUUGGAAUGAUAGUCGUCUAGAAUUAAAAACGAGGAAUCAAAAAUACAAUGGUUCAGUGAUAAACAAAGGCUAUGAUUACACCGAUAUCGAAAAUGUGUUAAACACCACAAUCGAUGUAAAAGUCUCACCCUUAAACAUUGGUAAUGACAGAUGUUUGAAAGAUCAACUUUUAAAGACGGAUUAUAUUAUGUUAGAUACAGCUGAAACCGGAUUUAACAGAUCGAAUGAAGAAACAAUCAAUGGAACUUACGAGCUCGCAAAACCCAGUAAUAUCAGUGAAUUUGACAACAAAAUAAAGGGAGAGCAUCUAGACAAUGCUUACAAUCUUUCUGAAGAAUGUGUCUACGAUACAGCAAGAAAAAAUCGACUUAAAGAUUCCGACGCCAGCGUUUACAGUCACACAGUUGAUGACGUGUAUGAUACAGCAUGUAGCAAAAUAACAGUAGUUUUUCAGGAAGACAAGUACGAUCACUUCACUGGACAGACAACUGAAGAUGAUUAUAACAUAACAAAACAUUGAUAAAGCUUUCAAAAGAUAUAAGUGAUUUACUAUGUCCAGGGAAUUGGCAAUUAGUGUCCAAUUGACGUUUCAAUAUUUAUUUCGAGUAUUCCAAUAAUGCUUUGGCAUAGAAUUAGUAUUUAUUAUCUAUUCAAAAGAAAAAGAAAAAUAGGUGGUUUGAUGAGAUCAAUUAUUUGACACUUGAAAUUGCAAAAAAUAGUAAAAUUAUUCAAGUCUUUCAAAUUUUUGUUAAUUGUAUUGCUUAAUAAACAGGUUCAUAUAAUUUGGACACUUUACUGUAGAA